ACGGAAGUCUCGUUCUUUUUCAUCGUUUUUCCCGGUUGCUCCUUGCUGUCCCGGUCCACGCCAGCGCCCAGAGCGCCUCGUCGCCAUGCCUCGGAAAAUUGAAGAAAUUAAGGACCUCCUGCUCACAGCCCGACGAAAAGAUGCCAAAUCUGUCAAGAUCAAGAAAAAUAAGGACAACGUGAAAUUUAAAGUUCGAUGCAGCAGAUACCUUUACACCCUGGUCAUCACUGACAAAGAGAAGGCAGAGAAACUGAAGCAGUCCCUGCCCCCUGGUUUGGCAGUGAAGGAACUGAAAUGAACCAGACACACUGAUUGGAACUGUAUUAAAAUACUAAAAAUCCUAA